AUGUCUCCUAAAACAGUCGUUGUCGUGGGUGCUACUGGCUUACAGGGAGGAUCUGUCGUUGAAGAGUUUCUCAAGUAUCCCAACGAGUAUCAUAUCAAGGGCCUCACACGCGAUGUCUCCAAGCCCGCUGCUUUGCAACUCUCUGCAAAGGGGGUAGAUGUUCAAGCUGCAGACCUCAACGACGGCCCCGAGGCACUGGAAAAGAUCUUUGCUGGAGCUAGCAUCGUCUUUGCCCUGACUGAUUUCUGGGCCUCGAGGUCGAAAGUCGUUGAGAUCGCCCAGGGCAAGGCUUUGGCCGAUGCUGCUGCCAAGAUCCCGACGCUGGAGCACUUCGUCUGGAGCGCUCUCCCUGAUCCGAUGGAGCUUUCUCAGGGACGAUUCUACCAUGUCCACCACUGGAAGAGCAAGGCAGACGUGACCGAGUACAUCAAGGAGCAGAAGCCGGAGCUUUGGAAGAAGACGACGACCGUUCUGUUUCCCAACUACUUUGAGAACUGCUUGACCGACCCUCGGGGGUAUUUGCCACAAAAGAUUUCUGGAAAGCUCGUGCGCGAGUUUCCAGUCGGUGCCGGCACACUUUUGCCAAACGUAGCCAUCACCGACACGGGUAAACUCGUCCGUACUGUUGUGAAGAACCCAAAGACCUACUUUGCAAAAUCAAUUGCGUUUUAUGCCCAGGGGAUAUCAGAGGGCGAAAAGCUUGUCACGUUGGCAAAGGAAAUUGGAAUUCCAUUCGAGUACAGGAAAUCAACGCCAGAGCAGUUUCAAAGACGGCUGGAGAGUGUCGGCCUGUCGCCCGAGUCGGCUUUGGACUUUACGGAGCAGCUCUUGAUUUUCGAGUAUUUCGGGCAGAUAUACGCAAGCCAUAAUUUCAUUCAGGCGCAUGAGAUUCCUGGUCUAUCGUUGAAGACGUGGGAGGAGUUUGUCCUUGAGAACAAGGAGGAGUUAAUAGCCAAGAUUGAAUCAGGCGAGAAUCCUUCUGCAUGGGUUCAUUAA